AACGUAACGCCGAACGGGAAACAACGCGCACAACAUACAUAGCACACAUACAUUUAUACAUUCAAUAGCCACCACUCAACCAAACCCCAUCAUCACCAACCACCAAUCACCGCCACCACCCCCACUCGCCACCAGCCAAUUUCCACCUGCAAAACUUUCUCCUGUCUCUCUCACCUCAUACGUUCAAGUGUUGGCAUUCCCUAAUAAAAAAAAUAUCCCACCCACUUCCACCACAUCAACAUAAAAAAAAGUGAUUCUUUCCCUCUACUCGUGAAAAGUGGCUCGGAAAAAAUAGAAGAAAACUUUCGAGUGGAACAUAUUUGUUUGUGCUUCCCCGUCGUUGUCAUCGCCGUCGCCGCCGCCGUUUCGGUCUUAUUUGCUCGGUUGUUCGAUUGCGUUUCUAGUGUAUUAAUUAUAGCAGUGUGUCUCCGUAAAAGCAUAAACCAUUCAAAGGAUCGUAAUUAACGCAUCAAAGAUAAUAGUGGUAUUCCUAACUAAUCCCGUCAUCAUCCCGUCGUUGUCAAACUUAAAUCUUGAAGUACGUCGAAGUUUGUUGGAGUUAUAUUUUUCUUUUAUGGAUACUUUGACCUUCAGUAGUCAGUAGUUUGUGACACUAAGACUUCUUUUCGAGAAGUGUUUUGGAAACUGUGGAAAACAGAAACAUGUCGUUUCUACCCUAAUGGAUAUAAUCGAGAAUGGUGCAUUAUGUGAGUGACAAAGCAGAAUAAUGUGAAAAAGUUGACACAAAUGGAUGUUCGUGCAUUGAGAAUAAUGGAAAUAUUAAACCGAUUAAAGCCGUCAGCACAAUGCGAGAAGAAUAUUUGAGAAGUGAGCGUUAUGUUGUGCAUAAGGAUAUUUCCUUGGAACUGAAUUGACUCAAAUAAAACACGUGCUUCUCACUCGGAAAGGGAAUAACGUGAUGUUUAUCCGAAGUGUUAGUCAAGUAAAUCGUUGUGAUGCAAUGAAUGUUCGGUGGGAACGUGAAUGCCAUUAUGUCGAACAAUCUAGUUAUACUUGAUCCAACUUAGCCAGUUCGUAAAAUCCGGAAACAGGCUCCGAGAGAUGUGUAGAGUCAUUGUGUUUAAGCAUUUGAAGCGCUUUGCUUUCCGAAGGAGGUGAAAAGGCCAAAAAUGGAUUUUGCUCACCGCUAGCGGUUCGGUUGUGUCGUGUUGUGUUGUGUUGUGUUGUGUGUGUGUCAGCAAAUUUUGGAGAAAAGCAUAGAUUAGCUGGAACGACGAAAAUUUAAAGAUAAAGUCAAGAGAAAUAAUUGGAUGCCUCCUGUACCAGCCGAGGAUCACCAAAGAAGGAGCGAGAAUAUCGUGCUAGCUUUGGCGAAACUAAUGGAUACACAUUUUUGUACAUAAUAAAUCCAAAGAUAAAGUGUUUAAAUUCUAAAUCAAAAUUUGUAUUCGUUUUACUCGGUUUUACUCGUUUUACUGGAGGAAAGUCUUGUAAGCAAACGAAGUAAAUUUUAUGAAAAUAUAAGUGCUCGUACAUGUUCGUAGCGGUAGUUCGAUUGUGAACUAAACAAUUUUGCUUAGUAGUGAGUCAGUGCGAAACGGUUUUCUCUUAGGACUAUUUACGAUUUAAUGUUUGUAUCAUGUGAUCUAACUAAAGCAACCGUUUGUAAUAGAUGUGCGAAUAAAUCACGCCGCGAUUGAGUAGUGCAAAGUGUGAUUCACGUGGUUCGUCUGUCGGAGCUCGAAUUACGUGCCACCACCUAUCGUGUUUUCGGGCAAAAUAAAGCUUGGAUUUUUAUGUGUUUUUUACUAUUUAGCUGUGCUGGCAUUAGAAGCAGCCCGUCGAUGCGAAUAUACACAAAGCAUUCCAAAAUCGAAAUGAAAGAUGUGAUACUAGCAAUGAAUAUUUUAUAACAUUCCCAUCAGCAAAAAUAAACUUGGACAAAUGGUAUCAGUUUGUGUCGGUGCAGCGACAAAGUGUACGCUAGGGUAACAGAAUUGGUGUUCUUUUUGCUGUAUAAAUUCGAACCACGUUCCGGAUAGUGUUUCCCCAACUGCCGUUGGGAAUAUUUAUUGGAGCGUAAAUAUCCGUACUUACUGAUAAACAUUACAAUGGAAGCAAUCUAUACACCUGAGAUUCCCAUGUGAGGGCGAGCAUCAGCGCUUGUCUAUGCAAUCUGAACGAUUCAUAUAUUAAAUGUAUAUAAUGGAUGAACAAAACGUCCAACGAAAUGAAAACAAAAAACAUCGAAAGUUAGUACGGAGUCAUGAAAAAAUAUCACCUUCUAGUGAAAACGUGUCAUCACCAAACGGUGGAAUCAUCAAUCGCAAAUCAAGCUCGGCAUCGAUGACUAUGGUGUUUCCGACAUCAAGCACCGCCAAUAGCACUACCACAGUCCUCACGAUGAUGCAAUCCCCGAAAGAACCAUCACCAAGCACAAUAUCUCCACACACGCUUAAUAAAAGUUUCGAUCAAUCUCUAAUGCAGACACCGGCCCAAUAUCAGAUGUAUCACCAGUUCAGUCGGACAUCCAGCACCACACAGCAAUACAUUCAGUACCAGCAGAACUUUGAACAAACUCUGUCAACAUCGCCAACGAACCAACACCCGGCGACAUCUCGAAAAUCCAGCCUUACACAGUCGACCCAAGGGGAACCACCUGACACGCGCAUUUCUCAUUCUAAAUCAUCGAUUCAGCAAUCGAAACCUAUGGACCAAAGAAGCAAUAACCCUUUUAUACUCAACUUUAACAACAUAUCUGGAUGUUGCAUUAAAAAUUCACCAACUUCAUCCAAUUCGCCAUGUUCAUCAUCUCCUACCACAAAUGUAACAACGACCACGAGUGCGACCAUAGCAAAACCGACGCCGGCCAUCCCCACUCGAAGAAGCCGCUCUCUCUUGCUUAAAUCCUCUUCGUCACAAAAGCAAAUUCCUCCAACCGGUCAAUCGUCCUCGACACCGUUGUCCUCUACGCCGGGACCUCCUGUACCUCCACGACUAAACAAAUCGACGACGCCCACGAAAGACUCCACCCCACUAACGCUAACCAGUCCUGUGAUCAUAACGUCUCCAACCUCUGUGUUGACUCCUCCGCUCAUCAAAAGCACCAAUUGCUGCACGCCAUCCGCUCCAUCGAACCACAACGAAAAGCCACCCCCUUUGUUGACCUCCUCUUCCGAUGGUGGUACAUCCAUUCAGAAGAAGCGGGAUGACUUCCUGAAGGCUACGAUGAAAAUUUGCCUAGUUGUUUCCCCACCGUCUUGCAAGCUCCAGCUAAAAUCAAGAAGUCUCACCCAUCUAGAUAAAUUGGAGUCGCUGCUGGCAACGCCGAACAACAUUCCAAAUGACUAUCACCGUUUGAACCUGUUCAAGAGUGAUAACUCGGAUACGUCCAAUACAUCAAUCGCAACUGCCACCGGCUCCCCGGGCGGUGUAAACCGUGCACUCGAGGGCUGCGGUGGGAGUACUUCCUACCAAAGUAGUACCGAAGGUCCAAGCCCAGGUGAAACGUUGCUUUCGCCUGGAAACGAAUACUGCUUCCCGUCAGCACCGACUUCUGGCAGCGCACUCAUUGGUUUAAGCGAUAGCGACGGAGGUUGUAUAAACCCUGCUUAUGAAAACGGUGACGGAAAUUACCCUAUCGGGACCAGCAACCGCCAGAGUAGCACCACCACUACCGGGGACGACAUUGGUUCGGCAGUAUGCGGCGAGAGCAUCACCAGCAGCACCAGUAACGAAAAUUCCAAUCAAACCUGCUGUCUCUCGACCCAGUCAUGCCCGAAGAGCAAAUCCCUGUCCACAACCGCUUCGCUCAAAAAGAAAUCGUCUUCUUUUCUGCAGCGAGAUCGCAAAAAACCGAUACUGACGCGAAGUCAAGUAUCCAGCUCAGAAUACUUUUCGGUUCUAUUCGAGACCGGCGAAAACGAUGGUUUCCGGGAUGAAAUACUGAUCCCAGCAUCGAAAGGAAUCUGCCUGGCUGACUCGCUGCAUUCCUCACUUUUACAACGAAGUCUCAGUUUUUCGCAAAUCUGUGUAACGGAUAACGGCUUUAGUAAUUCUCAAGAACUAGGUGUUCAAUAUUUGGGACCGCUUGAUGCGUACACCGAUAUCUCGAGUUUAGCGGGACGAACGUUGAUAGUUUCGGACAAGGAUAGCGUCGCAAGAAAACCGGGUGGUCACACAACCCUCCAGAAAGCUGCCUCGGUGGGCUACCGUUCAACCUCCAACCGACUGUUCACGUCAACCUCCACCGAUGAAACAUACGACCAAAGUCCGAAGGCAGCUUCCUCGUCAUCCAGCAAACAGUCGAAGCAAAAAUGGACCAUAUCGUUCGGAUCAAAGGGACCACAAAAAUCAAAACUCUGCGAAUUGCUGGACAGCUACAAUAAGGGCAUCCCAAAACUGACGUCUUCCGCAAGCAAUUUCGAUAAACCAGAAUAUUUAGAAGCAUUAGAUGGCCUUAUAAAUUUACCUCAAUCAUGGACCGAUAUCGUUAACUGUGUUGGAAUGGGUGAAGUGGAGAUGAAAAUUCAAUCUGCUAUAUGGGAGUUGGUAACGACGGAAGUUUAUUACAUCCUGGCCCUGCAGACUGUAACAGAUCUAUUUUUGGCGUGUCUAGAGGAUAUCCAAUCGCACAACAUUCUGAUCGAUGUAGACCAAAACAAGCUGUUUUCCAAUAUACGUGAUAUUUGCGAGUCUAACCUGAAGUUUUGGACGUUGUACCUCUAUCCGAUGGUGAGAGAGUGUAUGGAAACUAAAACACCGAUGAGUAUCUUUAAGUUCAAAGAUGGCUUCAUGGAGUUCUCGAGCAUCUUUAACCCUUACACCAAGUAUUGCGCGGAGCAAAGUAUUUGUCAGUAUUAUUGUAAGGAACUGUACCAGAACAACUCACUGUUCAUGUCCUACUGUGCCUGGUGCGAGUCACAAAAAAUGUGUAAUCGCCUUCGAUUAGCUGAUAUCCUGGUGCGGCCCAUGCAGAGGUUAACAAAAUACGGUCUUCUGCUGGUGGCAAUCAAAAAGCAUAUCGUCGACGAGAAUGAAGGCGAAGCAAUUGAUGAAAUGAUUCACUCGGUUGAGGAAUUUGUGGCUGGAGUCAACUCUCAUCUCACAACACGCCAGGAGAAUGAACGACUGAAAGGCAUCAAUGCCCGCAUCGAAUCGUACGAGGUGGUUGACUGUAACAACGAAAUCCUGGAUAAAAUGGUCAAACAGUACAGCACAAUGUUCGAUCUGUGUUUGCCGAUGCAAGGAACGAAUGAAGGACGGAAGCUUUUCCUUGAGGGAGACCUCAAGUUUAAAGACAGUCUGGGGAAAAUGGAUGUUCAUUGCUUUCUGCUCACCGAUUUUCUACUAAUUUGUAAAAAGAACAAACACGAGAACUUGAAGAUUGUUCGUCAGCCAUACAUGACGGAUCGACUCGCAGUACAAUUGAAAGAACAGACCCUCUACUGUUGCUAUCUGAACGAGUUGAACAUAGUGGUGACAGCCUUCACGCUACACUGCUCCAAAGCACCCAGUUGGUACGAUUCAAUCACCAAGGCGAAGCACAUAUAUUCAAGGCUAAAACAAGGUCCUGCUGCUGAUCUUCGACAGUACACCAACGUAAUCAGUGUCAACAAUAGUAACAGCAACAACGUAAAUGUCAACAAUGACAGCUUAAGUAUCCGACGAUCGCCCCUAAAUAGUUCCAUCGGAAGUAGAGUCAGUAGUUUGAACAAUAGUCACAGUGGAUCUGUGGACCUGAAUGAAUCCAAGCCGGUUUCUAUCGAUUUCGAGAAGGCAAACUCACUUUCCAGCGACGAAGGUGGUGUAGGCGUGGCCAGUUUAGCCACCCAAGGUAAAGUCUGUAUCGGAGGAGCUAGGAAAAUGAAAUCUACGGUUACCACAAUGCACACUUCGUCGAAUUCUUUGACAGUGCAACCAUUCAGUGGGCUGGGGCAAAGCAUGCCCAAUCUGAACCUGAAUUCGAUUCAAAAUAGUAUUGUUUACAGUAAUACUUUAUCUGUUCCGAGUGCAUCCGGGGGCCACUCGCACUCCGGUAUGGUUCUUCUAUCCCCUAGUCAACGAGGAAUAUCAUAUCCACCGCCUUCUCCCACGAGAGCCACACUCCGUCGGGGAUUCGCAUUCUCAUCCUCGAUCAAGAACCCACCGCUACUCAAAACUCGCAAUGUUCCCUCGCAGCAGAGCUUCAUUUUGUCCCAGCAGACAAGCUUCAAUUCGGCCACACUGAGUCAGCAUCAGCAAUGCCUGCAAACAUCACCUUCGCCCAGCGGUCCGCCGAAUGUUGCCUUCAUUAAACGGAAAAAUAGCUUCCAAAGCCAAAAUCAGAGCGCUCCAGCAGCAGCAGAUCCCAACACACCCAGUGGCGAUACAACCUAGUAUAAGCUUAUGCAUUCAGGCCGGAGGUAGAACACCUUCUAUCUGAUUAGCUAUCGGAAAAAGUAGCAUUUAUAUGUCCUGUGCUCCAGCUCAGCUGGAGUAGAUUAUUCGUUACGUAGGGAAGAGUAUUACAGAAUUUGCCUAACAAAAUAAAAUGUGUAAAUAGUCCGAUUUUAACUACCUUUGAAAUUCCACUAUACUAUUACAACUAUGUUAGGAAAUAAUACAAAAAGCUAAUGUUACAUUAGCUCUUGAAUAUUUAAAACCAAACACGAAAAGAUGUAGAACAUUUCGAAACCAAACGAUGCUGUGACAAACUCUAGCAAAGUAGAAAGUGCAAACACAAAAGUAGUGACAUUGCAAAAGGGAAACUUAAACUGUUUGUUUUCGGAUCCUGCGAUAUAAAUUAUGUUGAUUGCUUGCAGUUUAAGAUAUGGAAGGAUGAUUUUUUAUGCGUUUGUUAGUGCUAUAACAAAUCGAAAUACAUAGAAAUAGAGAUUAUGAAUGACUUUUAGAGACAACAGAUAUUGUGCUAGUUCCGUCAAGAGUGUUAGUUUCAUACAGCCUAACAUUCAGAACUUUCAGAAAAUCUAUCCCAAACUAACUUUUACUCCAAAUUAUUUCCAAUUCACUUUCGCAGAGAUUAUUUCAUCGUUUCAUAACCUCUCACAACACGGCGCUCUUGGUCAAUCAACUGAAUAAAAAAAUUCUCUACAGUACUAUGUUUUGAAUUAUUAGUCUUUUAGGAAAAAUGCUCAUCUGCACAUUACUACUGGCUUAUUCCCAUGUGGAACCAUUUAAAAUUGGCUCAUGUUUCCACAUCUGGAAUAGGAUCAUCACACGAAUCCGCUCUUGUGGGACUAACAAAAUCACCUUGACUGUCGUCUCUCAGAACAACAUUCGUUCAAUCAAUACGCUUACGAAGGUGGUAGAUUGUACAUACUUGUAACAACGUAGACAACUAUUUCCAUACUUUAGCUAGUUUUGAACAAAACACAUUCCACACAACUCCUUGGAAAAUUGGUUUGAAAAGGAGAAAAAGCGGACAAAUUUGACAAAAGCAAUAAGUAAACACUAGAAAUGGAAACGGGAGACGGAACAAAAACGAAAAAUAUUAUUGUAAACUGUAGAUUAUUUUAUAAACAAGAUUGAGUAGUAUGUUUCAAUCGUUUUAUUUUUAUUGUUAGUCAUUUAACGAUAAUAAAUUAUACGAAUGAGAUGGACGGCUAAGAUAGAUUUGGUAGAUUUGUAAAAGUAUUAGAUUUAUAUCUCGCAAUCCGAUCAAACUACUGUACAGAUUACGUGAAAGAAACAGAACGGCUCUAAUUAUUCUCAUAUACAAAAAAUAGAUAAGUGAUAUAUCAUAUUGAAACACAGUUGUUCACUGGACAACCAAAACAUUGCUGGAAUAAAAACAUUGGAAAGAAAUUUAAAGCAAGCAAUUUGGAAAUACUAACGGAGAAAAAUCAAAAUAGUAAACUUUUGAAGACUAUCUUGAAAUUAUCUUGUCUUUUGGCAAGACAAAUAAGGAGAAAUGGGAUAGAAAUAUAAUUUUGAAAGUAUAUGAACAUACUAAAUGCGGUCAGCAGAUAUUUCAACAUCCCAUCAGAGCCUUUGUGACACUGCACUUUUUAGAAAUUGCGAAACAAGCAAAUCAAACUGCACCUGAUGAAAAUAAUUGAACAUCCAAGCUGGUUUACUGUUUUUUCCCAAUAACAAAAUUAGACCAUCAACAUUUGAAUGUACAAAGAAAACCUAUCGGAACAUUUGAAUAUUUUUAACGUAACCCAAAGUCAUGUAGAGUGUGUAAACAACAGUUACUUAUAAACGAAAACUACUAUGUAAUUAAUACAAUAAGUUACGCGGUUGUAUGUCAUGAAAUCAAAAUUGGAUAUAUCCAUGGACCUAAAUUGUUCAACAGCAAAUUAAAACAUUGGAAGAGAAACCGUAUUAUCAGUAGUCUUAAAAGUGUAUUUACAACAGAAACAAAAAAUUACAUAAAUUUAAACUACACAUGUAGAGUACGACGACUCGCAAUGUUUUUACUCUAAUUUUUUUCUUCCAAAGAUAGAGAGCUACAUCCCAUAGCUGAUGUGCAAAUAUAUUUAAGGUAAAUCCACGCGGUAAUCAAUGACAUCACAUUACUCAUUCAAACCGUAUUAAGGGACAGAAACCGGAAUGGCUUCAGAAACAAAAUCGCAACGUAAUUUGUUGCAAUCAGCUCAACAACCUUAUCAUCAUCAAGUGAAUUCGGAAUGUCGCUAGAAGAGUAUCCUCGAGGAGCUGGCUAAUAAAUAGUGAUUUUGAAGCUGUAAAGGCAGUGAAUUAUUUUUAUUCGAAAGCAAAUUCUUAUUAUGACCGUAGCCGUCUAUCCAACCAAUAAAAUCAGCAUGUCAUCUGCUUUUGGCGAAACAUACGGAUACUCUACUGCUCACUGCAGCUUUAACGUGUAAUGCAGCUAAUGCAGUUGUGUAUACAACAAAUUCUGAUUGCUGACAAGAAGCAGAGGGUGUUACGAUCAAAAUUUAGUUCAACUGAACUUCACGCAUUUGUUUUUAAAACUCACAGUUAAAAAAAACUGGCCAACCCUCAUUUUGUAGUGUACGU